UGAAAUGUUGCCUAACAACGAAAUGGCAGCAUCUUAUAAUUCAGUUAAUUUAUUCUACAAUUUCCCAAAUGGCGUUGAGGACGUCUGGCAGCUAAGAAAAGUUGACACAGAAAGUCUCCAGAUAACGCGCGGGGCCCAAGCCAGUAAUGACGACUUAUCUUCCUUGGACAGUUGGACUCAGACUGUUCUCACGAAAUCAUCGCUUGGGAGCAGCCAGUCACUGGAUUCAACGGGCACUGGAUUUUCCUCCGCCAACACCACACCGGGCGACUCUCCGGUGGGCACUCCGAGUACCAAGAAAAAGAAACUCAGCCUCAAGCCAGCUUUGAAGCUAAAUGUCGAUGAUACUUGGUCAUCUCCUAGGCAGAAGAGAAGGAGGCACAAAUACAAAAAGAACAUUCAAGCCUCGAGUGCCAAGGUGAGAGCUGUCAUGAAACAAAGCAGAAACCCCCAGUUUCGGCUUCGGAUGUUUCUGCUUACUUUAUUUGCCUUAAUAAUCACAAUAGCAUCAUUUACGUGGCAUAUGUAUCAAAAACAGUUGUUGCAAAUUGCUAUUGGCGACAAAAUUAGAUUCCAUGAAGCCCGGCGUGUUCUUCACCUUCUGAAGGAAGACGGAAAGGAACUUGUCGAAGCAGCCCUUGGGAAAGAAAUUCCGAGUGAUUUGAAUCCUUACCAAUGUGAUAUUCACAGCAAGUUAGCCAGUGUUAAAAUUUGUGAGGAAUGGAAGUAUCGCGCCAAACUUCACAUCAAUUUCUCUCACAACUCUAAUCUCAGUUGCUACAACAUUCAUUGGACAAGUUUGGCCAUGGAUACUGUUUUACAGGACUGCAUUGCCCUAAAACAAGCUAACUGGUAUGGAAUGGGGCUACAGAGACAACUUCAAUGGCCGUUAAAAGUUACUCCUGGGGAUUCAUCAUACCCGCUUGUGACUGGCGAUGGUGUAGAGCAAAUGUUUGGCGGAAUUCUCGAUCGCUAUUGGUUGUCGUCAGAUGGAGUAGCUGUCCUUGUUGACUCUGAUGUGCCACUUUAUAUAACGAUUACUAAAGAACAUUUGUGCUUGCAAUCCAGAAAUGAUCGUGAGUUUCCGUAUCAACAGACGCAUCCUAUCAGUUUAAAAUACACCAUUUGCACUAGCAAAGACAUGAGAAUUCUUCAUUCUAACGUGCUACUAAAUUAUCGUUCACCUUUGAUAGAUGACAGGGGGGAAACUUUCUUAACAUCACCAAUAUGGGUACCUCCUAAUGGUGAAGAAUUGACUCAAACAUCGGUUCAAGAGUUCGCUAAUCGUAUUAUGGAACACAGCUCUAAAGUUUUACCAGGAUUUGUACUUUUGGAUAGCAGAUGGCAGCAAGAAGAAGGUAGCUUGGACUUUAAUAGAAAAACAUUUCCAGAUCCAAAGGAAAUUCUUAAAAUUUUACGUAAUAAAGGAUUUCGAGUUCUUCUCGUCAUUCAUCCCUUUGUUUGUCUUCCUUCACGAACAUUUGAGCAAGCUACGGAAGAACUGCACUUGGUAUCUGAUCGGGAGAAAAACGUUCCUCUUCUGACUAGAUGGCAAGGUAGCGUUUGUGGUCUUCUGGAUUUCACAAAUAAUUCGACAUCAAGCUGGUUUCUUGCAAGACUGCUGAAGUUAAAACAGAAAUAUAACAUUGAUGGAUUUGUCUUUACUGGUGGUCAAACAACGUAUUUACCGAGAUAUUAUAUUUAUCAUACCUCUGCUAUCAAUCCUGACAUGUUUCUUCAACACUAUUUGUCUAUUGCUAAAAAAUUAAAUUCCAUUUUGGGAACUGAAGUUGGAUUUCUUACUCAGAGCUUUCCUGGUUUCGUGAGAAUGACUCCACGCACCGUUUCGUGGGACAGGUUUAGUGGUCUUGGAUCUGUCAUUCCCGAAGUUCUAACUCUUGGUCUUCUUGGGUAUCCAUUGGUGAAUCCAGGCUCUGUUGGGGGAGAUGGUGAAGGUGAAAAACCUUCUAAAGAACUCUUUCUUCGAUGGUUCGAAUUAGUGGUGUUUCUUCCUGUCGUUCAGUUCAGUCUCGCACCAGGAGACUAUGAUUUAGAAGUGGUAAAUACUGUCAACAGGUUGUUCGCUAUAAGAGAAGAACUAGUUUUGCCCAUUUAUAAAACUGCUUUAGAACAAUUUCGAGAAACUGCAGCGCCACUUGUGAGACCAUUGUGGUGGAUUGCACCCGAAGAUGUACACGCACAAACUUCUGAUUCACAAUUCCUGGUAGGACAGCAAAUAAUGGUCGCUCCAGUUCUAGAAGAUGGAAGGAGAACCAGAGACAUUUAUUUACCAGCAGGCUGGUGGAAAGACCAUCUUUUGCACGAAGUGAGAAGAGGAGGUAAAUGGCUACACAACUAUCCUGUUCCUUUGACCAAAGUGGCUUAUUUUAGUGCGACUGACGAACCAUUGUCGUAAACAGAGUCUGUGUUCAACAGCGAUUUUGUUUGGACGCUAUUGUAAAUGGGUAAAGCAAAACAGUUAUAGUACUGUCUACAAAACUAAACAAAUUAUAUCCUGAGGUGAUCUCCGGACCAUAUUGUUUUACGAUAACCAGCUGACUUUAGAAACAUUAUCUAUAUGUAGUACUGGCACUUUUUGUCCACUCACUCUCUAUAAGGUAUAACCUGAUACUACAGAUGUGAUCUAAAAGUUCCAAUGACCAGGGGAAAACUUCGAAUGUUCGAUAGUUAUUUUCUAUAGAUAGCAGGUGUAAAGUUAAACGAUUCUGAGGACAGGCUAUACACUUUAAAGUAUAGACUCUAAGAAGAAUUUUGUUUACACGAGUGCAAUCUAGUGAAGAAAAAAAAUCCGAAUAUAUUAAAUAACUAAAUCUUCAAACGUUACACAACUUCGUUAGUAAUGCAAAUCGUGCAAUUAAAAAGUACUACUCCUGUUUAGUUUCUCCGUUCGUUACUCGUGGCUGGGUUCAGUCAGGAUUAAACUGCUUUCGUUUUCAGGGCCCAAAAGACUUUACAAAGAUAUCAGAAUUUUUAUGAGCGCAGCAAUCAAAAAAUCUUUAUAGAGUAUCCGUAAGCUAUCUUUGUAGAAAAAGCAAGCGUGUUUCUAAGUACUAUUUCUAGAAUUUCUCUAUGACUGCAUAUUUAUAUAACAACCGUAUUUAGGGCUUUAUUUUGAACAAAAGAGGAGAGAAGCAAGUCCUGAGAUCUUCAGUUCUUAUUUCAAACUUUACAUCAGCGUUCUUAACCUCGGGGCGUAGAAGAGUUUCAAGGGAAACAUAAGGGUAUAAAACAGCAGUUCUCAAAAUUUUCCGGCUCGUGCCACCCUUAAAAAUAUUGGAAUAUUUUCACGACACCUUAGUCUUUAUCUAUUAUAUAAAUAUACAUAUGAAAAUUCCCUCCGGAGUGUAGAAACCUUAGUAAACAAAUAUAUUGCCGAUGCAGCAAUAACGCUUAAGUUACUGGACAAUGAAACUGUACAAGUUUUGUUUCCGAAAUGUUUGAUUUAUGGACCUUUUGUAUUGCGACAGAUGUCAAUUCUUAAGUCUAAGUCUGCAGUAGCUCAGCCCUCAUCAGGGUCUGACAAGUACACGAAGGCUGAGCCCUGGUCUCUAAAUUUAAACAGGCCGAAAAAUCACUCUUAGUAACAUAACUUUUACAACAAAAAAUUCAAAAGUAUUCUAAUGUGUUAGUCCAUAUGCUACUCACUUUUAAAUUUCAAUCAAUAUCUAAAAGAAGUAAAUAAAUAUAUGAAAAAUCAAACUACCAGAAGUCGAGAAAUCUGUGGUAAAUUUCAUUAUAAUUCGGGACUGGCUCCCGUGAGCUCCCAUGAAAAUUAAGCUUUGACUGUAUGAUUUGAAGAUAUUGAAAAAUUUAACCAUACAGUUAAAAUGCAAAAGAAAAAAAAAGACUUGAAAACUAGGGAAAAACCCAUUUUUAUCGUUAUUAAUAUUGCUAUAUCUGAUAGGUGUUUUUAACUUGAGAUUGAUUGCGUUUUAUGUACUGUAAUGUUUUGUAUUUAGCUUUAAAAUAAAAUGUUUAAAC